UGUUUAAAUUCUCUUUGAUUCUACGGUUUUUUUUUCUGUUUUCUGUUACUUCCAAUUUAUUUCAACAAUUUAUUCUCAUUCAGUAAAGUGUUCUUUGCGUUCAAGUUAUUUAUGUACCUACAUAAAAAAUUUUAGAGGGAUGUGUUUUCGUUUUGGUUACAAUAACAAUGUAGUUAGAAUGUCAACACUUUUUUACGCUAUUUACAAAUAUUCACAUUGAAAGACAAUGGUACCAAUUCUCAUUCUAGAGGUCUGAUUUCUGAACAAAUUUGGAACCAACUAUAGCGGAUAACAAAUUUAAAAUGAAGGGGGUUCUAUUCGUUCUUAUGUGGAAGCACUUAGUUGUGCGUUUACGAAGAUUUAUUCAAACUCCAGUGGAGUUUCUCUCACCGCUUAUUUAUUUCAUACUUCUCUUCUGCAUAAAGGUCUACGUACUUGAUGAGGUUGACCUCGAUAGGGCGAAUACUACACAAACACACGAAGUCCACAAUACGGAUCCCUUUUUAUUGGAUUCUGUACAACCACCUCAUGAAAUAUACUACACACCAGAUAAUGAAUUGACUAAAACACUUAUGGAUAAAGUUGUUGAGAAGUUGGGUGAAGGUUCCAAUGGGAUUAGAGGGUACAAGGUUAAAAAAGUUGGUCUUUUCAAUGAGAGUGCAAUCCAGAACAUUGUGGAGUCCAUGACUUUUAUGGAUGCAGUUGUCAUAUUCCAGAAUGUAACAGAUUCCUGGCCAGACAGACUUAUCUACACAAUACGAAUGGGAGUUAAAUUCCUCACACAAACAUAUGAAUCACAAGACACUCAUACUGGUCAACAUGAGAUGUUUGGAACUAUCUACGAGCAAUUUCUUCGUUUGCAGUGGGCUGUCGAUACUGCAUAUCUUGAGUUACUGUCUGGAAAUAAGAUUAACCAGAGACUGACCCUGCAAGAGUUCCCGUACGUGACGCACGAGAUGAACCCGUGGGCGGACUCUGUCACGGGUGUGUUGGUCUACUUGUGUCUCCUGGCGUUGCUGUUAGUGUUCGUAUUUCUGGCCGUACGGACUGUGGAUGAGCGGCUAAUGGGAAUACAGGAGCUGAUCAAGAUGGUGGGUGUGUCAAGUAACAUGAUCAACUUGUGCCACUUACUGAACGUGCUGCCAGCUGGUAUCCUGUACGCGGUGGUGCCCAGUAUCCUCUUGACGAUCACCUCGAAGCCGCUGCUAUUCCACACCAGCGCGUUUCUCGUUUCAAUUAUGCUGUUGCUGCACUUCAUAAGCACAGUGGUAUUGGCAUUAAUGGUCGGCAAUAUGAUCAAUACUGCGCAACACGCCACGUCACUGUCAACUAUAGUGUACGGGAUAACGUGGGCACCGCAGUACCUCGUGGGCACCUGGAAGAUUGGCUGGUUCUUGCGGCUGCUGGCUGGCUUGCUCCCCCACGUGCCCAUGAAGUGGUUCUGGCAGGAGGUGAACCAACUCGAGUCCCACGGUCGGGGUGUCACUUUCGGCACGAUGCUCACCGCGCACGACCAGAUGUCGGUGAUCACCGCGUACAUCAUGAUGAUGGUGCAGGCUGUUCUCUACUACGGCAUCGCUUCGUAUAUGUCGCUCGUGUUCCCUGGGCCCAAUGGACAGCCGGUGCCAUGGAACUUCUUCUGUAAGAAACAAUAUUGGACCAAAACGGAGAUCGUUCCUCACGAGGAAGUGGAGAUGGAGCAGAUGAGAAGUGAGCGGGAUCCGUUGUUCUUCGACUCCACCCCUCAAGGGCAAGACAUUGGGAUCAAAAUUGUCAAUGUUACCAAGGUGUUCUCCAAACAAGUCGCCCUGAAGCAAGUAUCUCUUGACGUGUACAAGGGACAAAUAACUGUCCUGUUGGGUCACAACGGAGCGGGGAAGACUACUCUCAUGUCCAUUAUAACAGGUAUGUUGCGGCCGUCGAAAGGCAACGUGUAUGUGGAGGGGCUUGACACAACCACGCAGAGAGACCAGAUGAGGCAACACCUGGGCCUGUGUCCGCAGAACAACCAGUUCUUCCCGGACCUCACCGUGCUGCAGCACGUCAUGUUCUUCACUAUGCUGAAAAACGUGUCCUACUCGGAGGCGAAGGUGUCGUCAGUGGAGCUGCUGGAACGGUUGGGGAUAGCGGACAAGCAGUCGGUGAUGAGCUCGAGCCUGUCGGGCGGCAUGAAGCGGCGCCUGCAGCUGGCGUGUGCGCUCGCCGGAGACGCGCGCGUGCUGGUGCUGGACGAGCCCACCUCGGGGCUGGACGUGGAGACCAGGCGCCAGCUGUGGGACCUGCUCACCGCUCUGCGCGGGUCGCGCACCGUGCUCCUCAGCACUCACUUCAUGGAGGAGGCGGAGGCCCUCGGCGACCGCGUGGCCGCGCUGCACGCGGGUGAGCUGCGCUGUCACGCGCCCACCAUGCAGCUCAAACGAGCCAUCGGUUCGGGCUAUCGCCUAUCACUGAUCACCAACGGGAUCCCGAACGAGGCGGCGAUCUCGGCUGUUGUCCACUCCGUAGUGGGCGACGCCACCGUGAAGGAGGCCUCGCUCAACUCCAUCUCGUACAGCCUGCCCGCGAAGCACAGCGACAAGUUCCCCAAGCUGUUCGCGCUUAUUGAGAGCCAGCGGGAACAGCUCGGUAUCGACAGCAUCGGCGUCGGCAAGUCCACUCUGGAAGAGGUCUUCUUAAAGUUGUGUAGCGAUGUAACCACGCAAUUCACGGCAGACGAAAUAGACAGCCAAGCAGAAGAGCCGAAGUAUGAAAAAUUAACUGGCUUUAGUCUAUACCGGCGUCAACUAGUUGUACUGAUGUUGAGACAAGCCAAGUAUCUCUGGUCUAGGAAGACAUCAACAUUCUGUUGGCAAAUUGUGCUGCCGAUACUGGCGUUUGCAUUUUUAACGUCCAUUAUGAACGUAACAUCGCCGCCUCCCGCCGCCGGGAGCCGCCGGGUCAUGAACCUGAGCGUGUACGACGGCUUGAAGGACCGCAGCGUGUUGGUCAACGUGGCGGACCAGUACUCGCUGCGGACGAUCAGCGACGCGUACCCGGACGUAGUCUUCACAAGGACCGACAGCGCCACCGACAAGAUCUUGCGAAUUGGAUUGGACGAUAAGCUAGAGUACAACAAGUAUAUAGCUGGCGUAGAACUUAACGAGACCGACGCCAAGGUGUCGUACACGACGCGCGUGCGACACGCCGCGCCCGUGGCCCUCAACGUGCUGUCCAACGUGCUGGCCACGCACGCCCUGCCGUGGGCCGACGGCGCCACUCUCACCACCGUCAACCACCCGCUGGAACACGGCGACUUUCAACCGCGGCAGCUCCAGCCCGUAAAGCCCGCUGCGGAAGCCGGCACCUGGGCCGCCUUUCAAGUCAUAAUAAUGCUGCUCAUCCUGGCGAACGGCGUGGCCCUGGUGUCGGCCGAGCGCGUGUCUGGCACGCGCCACCUGCACGUGAUGGCGGGCAGUCCGGCCGCCGUGCACUGGCUGGCCACCGUGCUGAGUCACGCCGCGUUCUACACCCUGGCGCUCGUGGUGCCGGCGCUGCUCAUGGCCGCUCUCAUCGAGAAGGACAACACCAUCGACCAACCCGACUUCCUAGGAGUUAUGUUCCUGGUGCUGCUGCUGGGGAUGCUGUCGUUCUUGAGCCUGGUGUACCUCGUGUCCUUCAUGAUGGGGAAGCAGGGUGCCGCCGUGCUGCUCAUCGUCAUCAUCAUCAUCUUUGGCAUCAUAACUCCGGGGGUGAAGAAGGGCGCAGACAUGAUGGACGUGAAGGACAAGGUGAACGCUGUAGCGUGGUUCUUCCUGCUGCUGGUGUCGUACACCGUUCCGCCGCACACGUUCACGGACGCCUCCGUCCAGGCCACCUUCGUAGCGCGCCUCAACGCACUGUGCCGCCGCAACCGGCACCUGUGCCCUGCGAUGAUACCCGAGCCAGGCAUGGAUGUCAACAAGUGCUGUGUAUUGAAGGAGGACCCCCGCUGCUACUUCUGCUUCGACGAGUACUCGCCGGCUCCCAUGAUGCUGGUGUUGGUCGUGCAGACCAUCGUCUUCAUGACCCUGGUGAUACUGACCGAGUAUGGUUUGUUCAACUCCGUAAUAGAUCACGUGAGCAAUAUGAACUACAAGGCACGCCCCCCGCCCGUCGGCGACGACAUCGUGGCGGCUGAGCGCGCCUACGUCACUAAGGCGAUCGAGCAACCUGACCCGAAUAAGGACGCCAUGUUGGUGAACGACCUGCAUAAGCGGUACUCGUGCUUCCGGGUCUGUAACGCUGUCAAAGGGAUCAGUUUCUCUGUCAAGAAAGGUGAGUGUUUCGGCCUGCUCGGAGUGAACGGUGCGGGGAAGUCCACCACCUUCAAGAUGCUGGUGGGAGAGGAGUGUUCCACCCGCGGCCGGGUCUACGCUAACGGAUACUUUGCGAGGCAACAUUAUAACAAGUACCUGCAGUCGCUGGGCUACUGUCCGCAAUUCUUCGGACUUGACGAUUUCCUCACUGGGAACGACAACCUAAAGCUGAUCCUGACACUCCGCGGCCUGAACAAUGACGACGUGCGCACGGAGCAGCAGUUUUGGGUCGAAGUGGUUGGUCUAGAGAAGUACGCCAAGCAGCGGGUGUCGGGGUACUCGGGCGGGUGCUCCCGGCGCUUGGCCGCGGCGGCCGCGCUGUGCGGGGGCGGCGCCGUCACCUUGCUGGACGAGCCCACGGCCGGCGUGGACGUGGCCGCGCGGCGCCGAGUGUGGGCGGCCAUCCGGCGGGCCGGGCGCACGGGCCGCGCCGUCAUCGUCACCUCGCACAGCAUGGACGAGAUGGAGGCGCUGUGUGGCCGCAUCGCCAUCAUGUCAGCGGGCGUCGUCCGCGCGCUGGGCGAGCCGGCCGGCCUGCGAGCGCGACACGCGGCCGGACACGCGCUCACGCUGCAGCUGGCUGACACGACACACACACUCGACGAGACGGACGGGUCGAGUGAAAGCGUCUCGCAGUUGAAGAGAAUAUUGGAGGAGAAGUUUAAUUGUACUCUGACAGACGAGCACAAGCGUGUCCUUCACUAUCACAUCAACGACACGCUGCAAUACAGCAAACUGUUCACGGAGCUCGAGCGGAUUAAGGCGCAGUUCCCUCAUCUCCUAGAGGACUACUCGGUUACGGAGACCACCCUCGAGGAGGUGUUCCUCGCCAUGGCCAAGGAGGAACACUUACCGCCCGACGCACCGGCUUAGGUCCUCAUAGUGCAGGAGGCAGUGGCUAGUAGGUAUCCAACAUCACAUUUUACUUCGACUGAAAGAGUGUUAACUAUUAUAAAUAUUCGGGCUGCAGCAGUAAAACGUACAGCACAUAAUGAUAUUUUACAAUUUAUGCUUAGAAGUUUGGCUGUUAUGUUUGUAAAUUAUGGACACCUUAAAGGUAAAACAGCUGCUUGGCUUAUUAGGUGCUUUUUAAGUUAUUUAACCAUUAAAUGGUAAAGUGAGUUUUUCGAUGAUUUCUGUGUUGGCUGUUGAAUCUUACAGUUAUGUUAGUGUAACAAAGUAAAAUAAUAAAUACAGUGUUAAUUAAAUGAUAAAUUUAUAAUAUAAUAUAUGAUUUUAUAUCAACCUAUACUUUUCGUUAUCAAAUAUGCUUUUCUCCCGCCGUACCUACCAAAUAUUUUUAAAUUUAACUAUUGAAUAAAAAAAAAUAUUGAAUUAGGCGUUACUUUGCGGAAAUCCAUAAUUAUACAAAUGAUUUAAGUUUUCUUUAGUGUUAAUUCCGCCAAUAUUUGUUUUUAAAACAAUUCGACACGU